AUGUCAGCCGGUGCCAAACUGUUACUCAAUCAUUGGAUUUAUCAAUGGCUUCUUGCCUGUGCACCAAGUGAUAGUUAUAUCAGAAUGUUGAUGUUCUAUGUGUCUAUUUGUACCGGUACGCACCUAGCUGACACACAUGCUGCCAUUGUGGGACUGGUUACAUGCAACAAAUACACUCUUCUAUCAUAUAAUAAUGCUCCAUUUUUGUCGCAAUCUAUUCGGAAAUUUUGGGGUUGUCGUUACAAUCAACUUGUAGGUUCAGUACUCAAGGAGUCGGUUUUUGAACCCACUCGUCGCUUGCUUCAUUCAUCAACAAUUGCUGUUCUGACAACUUUUACAUUGAGCGGUCUACUUCAUGCUCAUGUGGCAGUGGCCGUAUUCGGUGCUUCAUCUCCAGUAUCGGCAUUCACAUUCUUCUUUCUACAGGGUAUUGCUUGCUGUGUCGAAAAUCUUUGUUCUCUUACUCUACCAAAACCAAUAGGAAUCGUGACGACGCACAUAUUUCUUCUUCUUACAGCGCCACUCUAUAUUGGACUAUUUACACGUGCCGGUCCUGCGUUCUUUGCACUCAAUCCUCCACCAUUAUUUGGCGGCAAAUGGAUACCUCAACUACCAUUGCCAAAUUUUUCUCCCAAAUGA